AAGUUUUGACCAUACCAUGUAAAAGUAGUCUCCAGCAACGUAGAGAUGCACAACACACACAAGUCGAGGUUCAGACAGACACUAUCCCCAUCUCCCUCUCUCUAAAAUCUAGUUUAGUUUUAACACAUUUAUUUUGGUUUUCUCUCUCUAUAGUCCGAAAACUGAAAACCCAUAAAAGAGAACCCUCACUUUCACUCGCUAAAAAAUGGCAGUUGCUUACCCGCAAACAGAUAACUCAUCUUCUACGACGCAAAUCCCUCUCAUAUAUGAAGACCAAGGAGAUGAAGCCCAUCUCUCCAAGUCUUUAAACCAUUUAGAGACCUUUUUAAGGGUCUUUGGCUUUUGUCAGUAUUCCUUUUUAAGCCUCAUACUCUCAUGGCUUUCUUUUCUGCUUCUUGGUAUUGCUCUUCCUGCUGUCAUGAUCGAGUAUUUGUCUCACUGUACUGACUGUAAGAAGUACCAAAUUAGUAGCUUUGAGAUUCAGGUUUUGGUGUUUCAGUCUUUAGUUGCUACCAUUUCUCUUGCUUGUGUUUCACAUAACUUGAGGAAGUAUGGGAUCAGGAAGUUUCUAUUUGUGGACCGGUUUCAUGGACAUAUGGCACAGUAUCGUGAUGAAUAUGUCAAGAAGAUCAAUGGUUUCUUCCGCUUGUUGGCUGUAUGGCUGCUACCGUUCCUCGUCCUGAAGACUAUCCGCGAGGCUGUUCGUGUAAUAUAUGCUCCACACCAUUCUUGGGGACAAUCUGUUGGUAUUCUGAUAGCUUUGGUUGUCUCGUGGACCUAUUCGAUUACUAUAUAUUUAUCAGGCUGUACUUUAUUCAAUUUAGUAUGCAAUUUUCAAGUGAUUCACUUUGAGAAUUAUGGGAAGCUUUUAGAAAGGGAUUUGGAUGUUACACAGUAUAUUGAGGAACACAUUCGUCUAACACAUUAUCUGUCUAAGAUAAGCCAUAGGUUCCGAAUAUUUUUCGUUCUUGAGCUCCUGGUUGUGACAGCUAGCCAGGUUGUGGCGUUAUUUCAAACUACAUGGCAUAGUGAAAUUAUCAAUCUCAUCAAUGGUGGUGAUUUUGUGAUCUCGUCUAUAGUUGAGCUUGUUGGGUUAAUAAUUUCCCUGCAAGCUGCUGCGAAAAUCACACAUCGAGCUCAAGGCACUGGAUCGGUUGCUGCUAAAUGGCAUUCUUUAGUUACAUGUGCCUCUGAUGACACUUCUCAAGUGGAAAUAGGCACUAACAGUGGAGGCUCGGAGGCUGCCAAUCCAAGCAACUUGUUACACAUAAAUUAUUCAGAAAGUGAUUUGGAGGCAGUUGACUAUGUGCCAGUGCCAACCACUAACCAGUUGGCUUCAUACAUGUCCUCAUAUCACAAGAGACAAUCGUUUGUGAUGUAUUUGCAGUCCAAUCCUGGUGGGUUUACAGUUUUUGGAUGGACAGUUGAUCGGACACUCAUCAACACUAUCUUCUUUUUGGAGAUUUCACUAGUUCUUUUUGUACUGGGGAAGACCGUAACUCUCUAUCAUUCUUGAUUCUGGUUUGUUGUUUGUGUAAUGGCGUUAGAAGCAUCUCCCUGUUGGCAGCCUUGUUUUAACAUUAGGUUGCUUACUAUAGUUGACAAAUGGGACGCAAUGUUGAUUUAUUGAUGUCAUUUUUUUCUUGUUC